AUGGCCGAAGACGACCGAGCUCCACCGAGUGGGCUGAAGUCGGCCUCGACACCCCGGGGCGUAUCGGCGCCUAUGGGCAGCGCCGUAACCGCGCGACACGUCGAGGGAGCGGUGGCGGGAAAGAGAUUCUUGCGAGGCAACAGCGGUGGUAGUGGUGAUGAUGGCGGUGGUGACGGUGGCGGUGGUGGUAGCGGUGGCGAUGGCGGCAGCGGUGGCGGCGGCGGCGGCGGCAAUGACGGUGGCGGUGGCGAUGGCGGUGACGGUGAUGGUGAUGGUGAUGGUGACAGCAGCGGUGGUAGAGGGGAUGAGGUCGACAAUGGUAAUAUUGAGGGAGAGCAGUGGGGGAUAAAAGAGCACGUAGACGGAGUGACGGGAGUCACCCGCUUCUGA